UGCAUGUAUCAGAUCACCCUACCACACAUGCUCACUAGGAACACGCAUAGCACACGGUUUACCUCUCAUCUCACACCCCAGACCGCCAUGGAUGAACUCGACAUGCUUUUAGAGGAGUUGGCUCAGAGCUCCACCCACACUUCGAAUGUUCCUGCACCCAUUCCACCCAAAACUCUCCAACUGGGACCCUCAGUUAAAAGCAACAACACAACUCAGCUUGAACAAACUGUUGCUGAUCCAGGACAUGGACAUAAUCCCUACAGUGUGGUUCCAGUCCCUGUUGAGGCUGGAGUGAUGAGUCCCAGCACAGCUACACGAGAACUGGACUCCAUCAUGAAUGAGCUGCUAGGGCUAGGCCUGGAGGUUUCAGAACCAGUUCCCACAUCAAAUCCACCUCCUGUGGAUUCCAAGUCAAUGAAAGACAAAAAGCCUGAGGAAACUAAAGAAAGUGAUAGUGGAAAGCAAACAGAAGCUAAGAAACCACUGCAUCCUCCUGUGUCAGUAUCCAAGAGUGUGGAUGCUAUAGACGACCUGCUUGGCUCUCUCAGUUCGGACAUGGAGAAAAUGGGUGUCCGCACAGCUGCCAAAGGCCAUUGCGCUUCUUGUGGCAAGUGUAUAGCUGGCAAGAUGAUCACAGCUUUGGGUCAGGUGUGGCACCCAGAACACUUUGUGUGUACGACAUGCAGAGAGGAACUAGGCACAUCUGGUUUCUUUGAGAGAGACGGCAAGCCGUACUGUGAGAAAGACUACCAGAACCUCUUCUCUCCCCGCUGUGCUUACUGCAAAGGACCUAUUAUUCAGAACAUUCUCACAGCGAUGGAUCAAACAUGGCACCCAGAACAUUUUUUCUGCAGCCACUGCGGAGAUCUAUUUGGACCGGAUGGGUUUAUGGAGAGAGAUGGUAAACCAUAUUGCUCUAGGGAUUUCUACCGCCUCUUUGCACCCAAAUGCUCUGGCUGCGGAGAGCCAGUGAAGGAGAACUAUCUGUCCGCAGCCAAUGGAACCUGGCACCCCGACUGCUUUGUCUGUGCGGACUGCCUGAAGCCUUUUACGGACGGCUGCUUCCUUGAGUUGAACGGUCGGCCCCUCUGUUCCCUGCACUAUCACUCCAGACAGGGGACUCUGUGUGGGACCUGCGGAGAGCCCAUCUCGGGUCGCUGCAUCGCUGCUCUGGAUCGCAAGUUUCACCCUGAACAUUUUGUGUGUGCGUUUUGCCUUCGACAACUGAGUCAGGGAGUGUUUAAGGAACAGGCAGGGAAGCCAUACUGUUCAGUAUGUCACACAAAACUCUUUGUGUGAAAGACGUGAAGUUUCUCAAGCAAAACUAAGGUUUUAAAGCAGUGGUUCUCAACUUUCUGAAGGCUCUCCUCCUUUUAAAUAUUCCAAAAUAUACAAAAACUGACGACGGACUGUUGCUUUGCAUCAUGGUCACAUCACCACUUCGGGUGUGCAUUAUUUCCUACACUUGAAGAAAAAAAGAAAGAAAGAAAGCAAGACAAAUUGUGUAACUAUAACACAUUAGUGUGUAGAAAAUUAGCAGGAAUAACACGUUUUUCAACACAUUCUUUUUAAAAGUGUAAUAACUCAGUAGAAUGGACUCAAUUAUUUCUCAUAUACUACAGUUACCACACCUCAAAUAUAGUUCAGAUGUUCUAUAUAAAGACAUUUGUCAGGUUUUUGUCCUUAAAACGCUCUUGUGAGUAGGAUUAAUUGCUUAGUCAUCUCAUUCAACACCUCCUUUGCUAAUUCCAAACUGUCAUUUAAGAACUAGCAACAGAGGUUUGAGCUGUUGAUAGCAAACUAAUAAAGUUAUGGAAUUAUUAAUGACUACUGCAGUUAUUAAUACAGUUAUCAGGCAGAGAGAGAGAGAGAGAGAGAGAGAAAGAGAGAGAGAGAGAGAGAUUACCUGAGCCUGUGCUGCAACAGCAUUUCUACUAAUAGCAAAACUGCAAGUUCAUCAUCUUCAAGAACAUCGCCGUUUUUCGUGAGAAAUGACAUGCAGCUUUUAAGCUGCUAAACUGUUAAUAUCGUUAAACAACACGUUUCUGUGCGGCUGUGGGUCUACUAAGUGUGUGCGUUUGUAAGGGAGACUGCGGGAGAAAUAGAGUAUACUUACCGUACAUAAUAAAACAUAACUUAGUGUCAAGAACAUGAAAAUAAUUAGGCGUUUUUAUCCUAUUCUUUACUAUAUUUAUUUGCUUGGUCAGUGUCAUUGUGGGUUUUGGUUCGUUUGUUGUUGUAGGCUGUAGAGCACCUUUGAAGUAAUUGAAAUCAGUUGGCGAAGUGAUAUGGACAUGUAAUGUGGUCAAAACCUGCCUGGAACUACUUUUCCUGUGUGUUUCCCUGAAAUUAUUACACACCUUAGAAUUAUCAUCAGCCAAUCAGAUUUAAGCAUUCAACAGUGCCUUAAUAUCCGGGUUAAGGCUAGAAGGGAUACAGCUCUAGCUACUGGGCAUGCGCACAUCAAUCUAACAUUAUUUUUGUCACACUGUACAACAAUAAUACUGUUUUUGUAUUAUAGUAAGGGCUAAGUUUAGGGUUGGGGUAGGUGUAGACAUUAAAAAAAAAAACCAAUCUAAUAGGUAAAACAAUUCAUUUCAUUGUUAGUUUCCCGUCUGAGCUGUAUCCCUUCUAGCCACAACCCACUAUACACUUUUUCUUAACAUGGAAGGCUCGCCCCACUAGAGUGGUGCUUUACAUUUCUAAUCAAAUUAACAUUUUCCAAGCCAAUAAUAUAAUGUUAAACCUGCGCACAUUUUUAUAUUUAGUUAUACUGAAAAGGUUUCAGUUCAGUCGAACUUAUUUACACCGUUUUAACAUGGAUUUCUAUGGAGACCCGAACACGAAAGCGGAAGUUAGAAUUCUUCAUGUCAUCGCUCAUCGGUUACUCAAGAAAAAGGUGAAUAACAUAAAAUAUACCAAUUAAUAUACAAAACAUAUAAAAUGACUUGACCAGGAUCAGUUUUGUGAUUUUAGAAGUGUUUAAAACUGCAUUUUGUUCAAUAAAAACAAUAUUUAGUGAGGGGGGGAGGGCGACUAUAUAUAUAUAUAUAUAUAUAUAUAUACUUUUAAGUCACCUUUGGAAAUUAUCUGAGGCUCCCUAGUGAGCCCGGUCUCUCUGGUUGAGAA